AUGCCGGAGUCAUCGCGGGCGGCUCCGGCUCCUAAAAAGGGCUCCAAGAAGGCCAUCACCAAGGCGCAGAAGAAGGACGGCAAGAAGCGCAAACGCGGCCGCAAGGAGAGCUAUUCUAUCUACGUGUACAAGGUGCUGAAGCAGGUGCACCCCGACACCGGCAUCUCGUCCAAGGCCAUGGGCAUCAUGAACUCCUUCGUCAAUGAUAUCUUCGAGCGCAUCGCCAGCGAGGCCUCCCGCCUGGCGCACUACAACAAGCGCUCCACCAUCACGUCCCGCGAAGUGCAGACAGCCGUGCGCCUGCUGCUGCCGGGCGAGCUGGCCAAGCACGCCGUGUCCGAGGGCACCAAGGCUGUCACCAAGUACACCAGCUCCAAGUGAGGCGCGUCCCGGUGUCCUGAACCCAAAGGCUCUUUUCAGAGCCACCCACACGAUCGAGAAAGGGUUUCGAACACGGUGAAGGGUUAUGUAACCUAAUAUGUCUCCAUGCACCCUAGCGGUUGCCGGGUGCGGCCGAAUC